GAAUUACUUAAAGUUUUUGACGGUCAGGACAGAAUUACUGAUGUAAGCAAAGGCCAAACUGGAAUGGGAAAGAGAGCCGAUUUUCUACAAGAGGUUUUAACCGAAGUUGAACCAAAAAAGUUGGAGCGGGACAUGGUAUUUCAUCAUGCUGAUUAUGGAUUUAUUGUUGCCACCUGUGAGGGAGACAAAAUUAUCAGGUCAGCCAAAACCACUGACCCACGAAAAAAGAUUUACAUUAGUGGCGACAACAUUAAUUUAUUCUUAGCAAUCAAGACUAUCCGAGAGUUAUUAAUCACCAAACAUAAUCUUACAAAAACUGAUAACUCAGUCGAUAAAGAACAAAAACUAAAAAAAAUAGAGGAAUGA